AUGGCCAUUUCACUUUUCAAGCUCAUCUCCAUCUUCAUGAUCAUACCACAAGCUCUUUCAGAGUCCAACCAAUGCAAUAUAGAAUCCAAGUCUUGCAAUGAUAAGGCAAUUAGAGCAUUACCCCUCAAGAACAUAGCCAUUGUGUCCAUCUUAGUAACUAGUAUGAUUGGCGUGAGCUAAUUACCUAGUGUUACACGUUCAGUCCAAGCCUUACAGCCCGAUCAAGAUCUAUUUAUUAUCGUUAAGUCUUUCGCCGGUGGCAUUAUACUCGCAACCGGGUUCAUGCACGUUUUGCCUGACUCUUUUGAUAUGUUGAGGUCUAAUUGCCUCAAACACAACCCAUGGCACAACUUCCCCUUUUCAGGCUUUGUGGCUAUGUUGUUUGCAAUAGUAACACUAAUGGUGGAUUCCAUGGCCACUAGUAUCUAUAGCCGGAAUUAUUGUAAUGCCGGAUUUAUCACUGCAGAUAAAGGUAGUAGUGGUAGUAGUGUGAAUGAAGGAGAGCAAGUAAUUGCAGUGGCGAGCACGGGGCAUUUACAUUCUCACCAUCAAGUAGUUAUAAAGGCAGGGAUAAGUACCGGAGGCUCACAACUUUUACGUUAUCGUGUGGUAGCCAUGGUAUUAGAACUGGGAAUUGUUGUUCAUUCAGUUGUGAUAGGGCUUUCAUUAGGUGCCUCAAACAAUACUUGCACAAUAAAAGGUCUUGUGGCUGCACUUUGCUUCCAUCAAAUGUUUGAAGGGAUGAGUCUUGGUGGUUGCAUUCUCCAGGCAGAAUACAAGCUAUUAAAGAAGGCAAUUAUGGUGUUCUUCUUCUCAGUGACAACCCCAUUUGGUGUUGCCUUAGGGAUUGCGUUGUCAAAAACGUACAUAGAAAAUAGCACUAGUGCUUUGAUCACCGUUGGACUACUUGAUGCAUCAUCAGCUGGCCUUUUGAUCUACAUGGCUCUCGUUGAUCUUCUUUCUGCAGAUUUUAUGGCUCCAAAGUUGCAAGCUAGCAUUAAGCUCCAGAUUAAAUGUUUCGUUGCUGUUCUUUUGGGUUCUGGUGGCAUGUCUUUGAUGGCAAAAUGGGCGUGAGAUAAUUAAUUAUAUAUGGAUAAAAUAAUGUUGAGAAAAUCUAUGUAACAAAUUGAAAGAUACUUAUGUAUUCAAUAAAAUGUGUAAAGACAAUAGUUAUCAG